CUCCCCAGUCACUGCCCACCACACUUCACUGCUUCUCUUCCUUGUUUCUUUAAUGGCCCAUCUGAUAAGGCUGACAUUGAUCUAAAAACCACUUUUGAAGAAGCCACCUGAAGCCACACCGUCUGCUAAGAGCAAAAAAAAAAAAAAAAAGGAAUCCUCUUAUUCAUCUGUGGUCAUCAUUGCUUGGAGCUGCAGCUGUAAGAACAGCCCUAGAUUCUUUACAAACCUCACAAGGCUGAUCCUUGAUUUCCAUAAAGGAGGAGACAUAAACUAAGUCCAUGGAGCCAGACCUCCUCAAUGCUUUUACAGAGGUGGUUGCACUUAAUCAGUUACAAGAGGAGGAUAUUGUUCCAGGAGAAAAGCGGAAAUGCAUAAAAGCAAGUUCUCUAAAUGAUCCCAAACUGGAAGCUCUGCAAAAGUUCUUGAUAGAAUGGAUCAACACAACCUUGAAGCAUGAACACAUUGUGGUGAAAAGCCUUGAGCAAGACUUAUAUGAUGGAUUAAUACUUCACCAUCUCUUAGAGAAACUUGGUUCCCUCACUCUGGAAGUAGAGAAUAUUGCAUUAACAGAAAGAAAACAAAGGCUUAAGCUUGCAAUUAUUCUGAAAACUCUGAAUGAGUGUUUACACCUAGAAGAAAGCAAAUUGAAAUGGAGUGUGGAUGCCAUCUUCAAGAAGGACUUGUUAAGUACAUUGCAUCUUCUAGUGGCUAUCAUUGGACACUUUCAGCCAGAGCUUGCUGUCCCUCCAAAUGUUCAUGUCGAUGUAGUAAUCACUGAGUGUACCUUACAUGGAUUAAAGACAGAAAAUGAAGUUGAGUACAUCACCAAAAGCAGGGAAGCUGCAGAAGACGCUUCUAAAGCUGAAAUCUUUGAUGAAUUAUUGAAACAUGCUCCGGAGAAACUGGAUGCUGUCAAAGAGGUGUUUUUGAAAUUUGUCAACAGGCAUAUCAGAAAAUUAGGAAUAACUGUGAAAGAUGCUAACUCUCAGUUUGCAGAUGGAGUCAUUUUACUCUUACUAAUUGGGCAGCUUGAGGGCUAUUUCCUGAAUCUGGGAGAUUUCUUUUUGCAUCCAAGUUCUACUUCAGAAAUGGUGCACAAUGUUAACCUUGCUGUAGACUUGCUCCUGGAUGGAGGCCUUCUAAACACUCCCAUCAACCCUGAAGAUAUUGUGAACCAAGAUAUGAAGGCCACAUUACUCAUCUUGUACUGCCUCUAUUGUAGGUACAAAACCAAAGACACAUGAAGAAUAGAAAUCAAUUGCUUGCUAGUGAAUAGACUAAUUCUCAGUGUCAAACUUUGUAUGCUUCUUUUCAUAUACAUUUGCACUGUAUGUGGCUAUCUUACAGUAAAUGUCAGAAACUGAAACUUGGUCAACAUUGAUGUUUACGAGUAUAUUUUAAGAUGUUAAGGCUUGAUGGGAAAUCUCGGAGAUAUUUGUAUCAUGAGAUUUGUUUUUAGCAUUACGCUGUGGGAUGGUAAAUCUCUUUAACCAUUAGAUGAUGGAAAUAAAGCUGACAUUUGCACAUUUACUGAAGGCUCUUAGGGCUUGACAUUUAGUGGCAAGUAAUAAUGUGGUCACCAGGAGUCCACACUGACUCAAUGGCACACUUUACCUUUAAUAAAAGAGUAUCCUGCUAUUUCUCUUUGGAUCUCUUUAAAUUAGCCAGUAAAUGUCACAUUCCUGACUAUGCAACAUAUGAUUUGAUUGAAUGCCAGUUUUGUAAUGUAACAUUUUGACUGUCCUUUCUAUAGAGUGCAGGACUGCUGCAUACCUAGAGGAUUCCCAGUUGAUGUCCAAUCACAUAGCCAUAAGCUUUCCUAUCAAUACAGGUUUUUUAAUCAGAAUUUUUUCCAGCCCUUUGAUAUUCAUUGAUAUAAAAUUAGUCAUACAUGAUACAGAAAUGUUUACUCAUUAACUGAUGGCUUUCAACAAUACAAAGAAUCAAAGGACACAGCUUUUUUCAUUCUGGGGAUUGUGAGAUUCCCUGCCUGUAUGGCACAGGGGUAGUUGAAAUCCUUGAACAUGUUUUAUUAUACAGGUGGCCCUCAUCACCUAUGGUCCCGGCACCUGCAGUUUCGCAUAUCUGCGGUUGGGUCAUAGGGACCCAGUUUCAUUAUUCGUGGGGUGAAAAUAGGACUAUUUUUGUAGUGGAGUGGAAACUUAGGCUUGUUGUUUAUUGAACAAAGUUACUAAGGUUUAUAACUUACCAAAUCAUAAAAAACAGUCUUACUCUGAGUGAAUGAUAUUCUUAACAGGAAAAUAACAGCCUCAAGCGUCCAGUAAGAAAUACAAACUGACGAAUCAGUCUACAGAACUGAUGAUUGACACGAACAUUGCUAACUACCCCAAGCCUAUACUCAGAUAUACAUACAAUGCAUCAGAGGGAAGAACAAAUACAAUGUAUAUACACAUACAUCUCAACAAUUUUUGCCUAUUCGUGGUUCUUGAGUGGCCGGAAAUGACUUCUGACAUAAUUUCCUGCCACCAUUUUGUAGUGCUGAGCCAUUUUAUUGCUCUUUUCUGGGGGGAAGGGGAAACACCCUAAAAAAAGAAUAAAAACUGGAGUAUUUGGAAGUUUUGGGGGCAUUGUUGGAGAGCUGAAGAACUAGAGAACAAGGUACUAUGCUUAUUUCUACACCCCUCCCCCCGUUUUUUAUUGUGAUUUUCAGCACACUUCAGUGUGCUUAGGAAACUACCCACCCCCACCCCCCCCGCACCAAUCCCCAUAGAGUUAAGGUCUCUUUAUUUAUGAUUUCGUUAUCUGCACAUAUAGGUGGGAACGGAACCCACACAAAUAAAGAGGGCCUUCUGCAUUACUUGUUUUACCACAAUCUUAGAUUUAUCACAAUCUUAGCUUUAUUGCUUGUUUUAUCACAAUCUGCUUGUUUUACCACAAUCCACUUUGGUGUAGUUUCCCAAGUCACUCUGAUCAAUUCUAUAUUUCCUGGCUCUUUUCAGACAGCUACCACGGUGUCACUCACAAUGUUGCAAAUUUUUAUGUUGCCGUGUGUAAAGUUCACCACCAGCUAACUGUGUGUGCUUGUAAUUUGUGAGUGUACACUGUAGAAUAUUUCUUGGUAUAAUUAUAUUGGCCUGUGGCCAUAAGAAAGGAUUUGAUUUGAAGUAUGAAUUUUAUUGUAUUUGCUAAAAUGAUUUGUGAUAAAUAUAUUUUUAAAGUGCUCUUUUAAAGUGUCUUGAUUUAAACCAAACUGAUUUCCUUUGCUUCAUGAUGCAUUUGACCUUUAAUCAGAAUUUGAAUGGGAAAUCCAGGCAUUCCAAGCCUCUUUGAUUGCUGGCAUACUGAGCUGAGGAUUUGUUGUAUUUUGGGAGUUUAAUCAGACAGUUAAAAAGAGCUGCUUUAGAUGGCAGCAUUGAUUAUGGUUUUGUCUUCCAGGAUGGUAAUUAUGUAAAGCUAUUACAAAAAAUAUAUUGCUCAGAUUGAACAUAAUUAUAUUUAUUAUUGAACCGUUAUGAUUUUUUGGUUGAAAACAGCUAUUGCUGUGAGGCAAUUUUUUCUCUCUUUAGAACACUUAGUGUGUUUUGGAUGUUAUGCCAUUGUGGUUUCUUUUUCUUUUCUGUAAUAGGUCCAUCAAUGACCCUAACUCACUAGCACAAUCCCAGCACAUAGUGAGUUGAUAUCACAUUAGUUGUCAUUUAGAUGGGGCUAUCUGAUGACUUCAGAGGGCACUGGCAAGCUCCCAUUCAGGAGGAGAGAGGAGGUGGCGUUGCUCACAGGCCCUCAAACUGGCCCAAUUUGCUCUGAAAUGUCAUGGCCAUCAGGUGGCCAUCACCUUCCCCUCCCCCUCUGUAGUGGAGUGUAACAAAGCUGAAACUGAAACUUAUGAAGGCUAUUGAACAAUGUUACUAAGGUUUAUUACUUAACUAUUACCAAAUUAUAAACAGCAGUUCUACUCAGAGUGAAAGAUCAUCCCAACAGAAAAAUAAUAGUCUCAAGCGUCCAGUAAGAAAUACAAACUGACCAAUCAGUCUACAGAACUGAUGAUUCACAAACAUUCUAAACUCUACCCCAAGCCCCACAGAUAUACAUACUCAACCUCAGAGAUAUACAUACAUCAGAGGCAAGGACAAUGUCACAGAAAUCCCAACAUUCCCCUUCUCGUUGUUCCUUUUAUUUAUGAGCCCAAUUGCCAUCUGCAGAUUUUGAAAUUGUUCUCUGGUUAAUGGUUUUGUCAAUAUGUAUGCAAACAUUUCUUUUGAAGCACAAUAUUUUAUAUCUGGCCACAAAUUAGAACAGGUUAUGCAAUUUAAGUACAGUCCUUCAGGCAAAUAAGACCAAUAAUGCCCAUAGGGAUUAUAUAACGCAAAACGCCCAAAAAGUAGCUUUGGCACUCUAUUCCUUACAUCUUAGGAAACGAGCACAAUCAGUACAGGUGGUUUUUGAAUUGUUCAGAGCUAAGGCCCUUGCCCUGUUGCUGGUUGGGGCACAGUUGGGCCCUUAUGCGGAUAUACGGAAGGUAGAAGCGGUUCAAUCUAAAUUCCUUAGGGUUAUGUUGCGGGUAGCUCGUUUGGCUCCCAAUGCUUGUCUUAGAUUAGAAGUGGGAUGACUUCCUGUCGAAGCCAGAAUCUGGAAAGCCAUUUUUGGCUAUUGGCUUAAAUUGGUUUUUUUUCCAGCUCGUCUCGCCCCACUGGUUCUGCUGGAUGAUUAUAAGACCAGAUGGGAAAGUGCAAUUGACAGGAAAUUAAGCUGGUUGGGGUUUUCACUUCCGGCAAUAAGGGAGUUAGGGUUUGCCAAGGCCAGAGACACUAUAAACCAGCGUAUAAGUGACAUAGCCAGACAGAGCGAUAUUAGUAAAGUGGGGUAUGGCGUACGGAUGGGAACCCAAAUAAAUAGACAAUGUUUGGCACGAUACUUACGAAAGAUAAAUUAUGUGGAGCAUCGUAGGGCCUUAACAGCGGCUAGGCUGAAUGUGUUGCAGUCGGCAGUGAUGGAAGGGCGAUUUCAUAAGGUUCCCUAUAACCAGAGAUUAUGUCCAUGUUUGGCAGGAGAAGUGGAAUCUACCGAGCAUAUAUUGUUGUAAUGUAGUUUCUAUAGGGAUCUCAGAGAAGAGUUAAUUACCCCUGUAUUACGUCAGUUUGGGUCAGCUUCAGAGCAAGUGAAAGUAGAUUUUUUUAUUGGCAGAUUUGAACGAUUCUAUUUCCUUGAGAGUUGCAAAGUUCUGCUUUAUAGCAGGCAAACUACGGCAGAGGAGGGUCGAAAGGAGUGAUGCAGGGUUUGAGUAGCAGAAAUUUGGUGAAGGUUUACUGCAUUAGUAUUUGCUUCCUUUUUGUUGUAUCGUAUUAUUAUCUGCUUUUAUUCUGUAACCUGAUUGUAUUAUUCUGUAGUAGUUUUAUUCUAUUUGGCUGUUGGCUGUAAUAAAGUGGAUGAUGAUGAA